UAAAAUUUUAUAUGCCAAAAUAGAAGAAGUUGGGUUGCUAUCACAGGCGGACAUUUCCUCGAACUUUCCAUCUCUCUUGCUUCGAAGAGGAAGAAGAAGAAUAGGGAGCACAGCCCUUGUUUGAUUAAUUUGUUUACUCAGUCUUCGGUUGUUUGGGGCUGGCAUUGAGAAGGCUGCAGUGCAUGAGAAAGUUUAUCGAGUUUGUUCAAAUUUUGGUGGUUGGGUCUUCAGGCAUUGUGUCAAUUAAUUAAUAAUGAAUUACCGGCCAGACAAGUCAGUGAGGUUUCAGGAUUGGAAUACAGAUAAAAUUCCCGAGGGGCAAUAUUCUACUAAUAACGGAUUAUAUUUAGGGAAAUUUAAAACAACGAUAAACUCAUUCUCAGAAAAUUUUCAAAGAGGAUUAGGAUCCAGUUCUGAGAGGUUCAAAAGAAUUAGAAAGUCUCUAAAAUCAUACUCAUUUCAUAGUGCUGUUUCUAAUGCCUUGGGUUCUAGUAAGAAGGUUCUGGACCCGCAAGGUUCAUUUCUUCGAAGGUGGAAUAAGAUUUUUGUAUUGUCAUGUGUGAUUGCUGUAUCAGUCGAUCCUUUGUUCUUUUACAUUCCGGUUAUCAAUGAUGAGAAGAAAUGCCUUGGGUUGGAUGAAAAGAUGGAGAUUACAGCUAGUGUUCUGCGUUUCUUUACAGAUUUCUUUUAUAUAAUACAUAUUAUUUUCCAAUUUCGUACUGGUUUCAUUGCUCCCUCUUCACGAGUUUUUGGACGAGGUGUUUUGGUGGAAGAUACCUGGGCAAUAGCAAAGAGGUAUCUAUCAUCAUAUUUCUUAAUCGACAUUCUUGCCGUACUUCCCCUCCCUCAGGUAGUGAUUUUGGUUAUCAUUCCAAGAAUGAAAGGCUCACGGUCGUUGAACACGAAGAACUUGUUGAAAUUCAUUGUGAUCAUUCAAUAUAUUCCCAGAUUUUUUCGAAUAUAUCCUUUGUAUAAGGAAAUUACAAGGACGUCCGGUAUACUUACUGAAACUGCAUGGGCUGGAGCUGCAUUUAAUCUCUUCCUUUACAUGCUCGCUAGUCAUGUACUGGGAGCUUUUUGGUACCUUUUCUCUAUAGAAAGAGAGACAACCUGCUGGAAAAAAGCAUGCGGUCGUCGCGUUGGAUGCAACCGCAAUUCUCUUUAUUGUGGUGAAAGUGAAGGAAUUAACACAUUUCUGAAUGAGUCUUGUCCCAUAAAGACGCCAAAUGCAACAGUCUUUAAUUUUGGAAUAUUCCUUGAUGCCCUUGAUUCUGGUGUUGUGCAGUCAACUGAUUUUCCGCAGAAAUUUUUUUACUGUUUUUGGUGGGGGCUGCAAAAUUUGAGUUCUCUUGGUCAAAACCUUGAAACAAGUACCUAUGUCUGGGAGGUGUGCUUUGCAGUUUUCAUCUCCAUCGCUGGCUUAGUAUUAUUUUCAUUUCUCAUUGGAAACAUGCAGACAUAUCUGCAAUCCACGACAACAAGAUUGGAGGAGAUGCGGGUGAAAAGGCGAGAUGCGGAGCAGUGGAUGUCUCACCGCCUACUCCCUGAUAAUCUAAGGGAGCGAAUUAGACGAUAUGAGCAUUACAAAUGGCAAGAAACCAGAGGUGUUGAUGAAGAAACUCUGCUAUGUAAUCUUCCCAAGGACCUGAGAAGGGACAUAAAACGUCAUCUUUGCUUAGCUCUGCUCAUGAGAGUGCCAAUGUUUGAGAAAAUGGAUGAACAGUUGUUGGAUGCAAUGUGUGAUCGACUCAAGCCAGUUCUUUACACAGAGGAAAGCUACAUUGUUCGGGAGGGAGACCCAGUUGACGAGAUGCUAUUCAUCAUGCGAGGCAAGCUAUUGACUAUAACGACCAAUGGUGGAAGGACUGGCUUCUUUAACUCGGAAUAUCUCACAGGGGGUGACUUCUGUGGAGAAGAACUUCUCACUUGGGCUCUAGAUCCCCACUCCUCUUCCAACCUCCCCAUCUCAACGAGAACUGUCCGAGCCCUUACAGAAGUUGAAGCUUUUGCUUUGAAGGCAGAAGACUUGAAGUUUGUUGCUUCUCAAUUUCGGCGGCUUCACAGUAAACAGCUCCGCCACACAUUCCGAUUCUACUCACAGCAGUGGAGGACCUGGGCAGCUUGUUUCAUACAAGCAGCCUGGCGUAGCUAUGGUAAAAGGAAACUGGAAGAGUCUCUUCAGCAAGAGGAGAACAGGUUGCAAGAUGCAUUAGCCAAGGCUGGUGGAAGUUCCCCAAGUUUGGGUGCCACUAUUUACGCCUCACGAUUUGCUGCUAAUGCUCUGCGUGCUAUACGGCGGAAUAGCUCUCGGAAGGCAAGGGUGCCGGAGAGGAUACCAGCUAUGCUGCUGCAGAAGCCAGCAGAGCCAGAUUUUAAAGGAGUUGAACAAUAGGUAGGUUCAGUGCCUUGCAGUUUUUGUGACUAAUUUUAUUGUAUAAAAUGUGAAAUUGGAACCGCCCUAUGCUUUCGUAGAUUUCCAUACUUUGUUAUUCAAGUUGACAAGGUGGGUAUAAUUUAUUUGAUGUUGUAAAUUGUUUGAACAUAUAAAUUUAGUAGCUUGUGUAUGGAUAAUGCUAUUCCAUUUUGACUCUGA